AUGUUGAAACAUCUGAUCUGGUUAUCGAACGUGAUGUUCCCAAGUGGGGACAUAGACAAGGCUAUCUUAGACCUCGCGAUCGUGGCCUUCUGGGGGAUGGCGAGGAUAGGCGAGUUGACAUACGAGAAACCAUUCGGCGACCUGAAUAAGCAAGACUCGGUUUUAACGUCGGACGUACGCUUGAUAAAAUCGGCUAUCGGUGAAAAGGUGAUCCUUACGAUAAGGAAUGCGAAGAAAGCACAGCCGGGGAAACCUCAACAAAUCAUUUUACAUAGCUUGAAGAACAUGCUAUGUCCGGUCUUAGCAAUCAAGAGGCGGAUGAAGGCGGCAGAUGGGAACGACACAUCUUUAUUCGGUUUUUACCGCGAUAGGGACAGGAAGCAUAUCACGCGAUCGAUAGCAGUAAACCGAAUUCAACUAGUCCUCAGAACCGGAGGCUUUGAAGGAUUACUAGGUCAUUCUUUCCGAGUUGGAGGCGCUUCCCUGCGUUACGCGUUAGGAACACCUGUUGAAGAAAUAUGUCUCCUGGGGAGAUGGAUCUCGAACUGUUAUAGGCUUUACAUUAGAGAGUACAGCGCUGAAGACACGACAGAAAGUAAAAGAAUCAUAGACGAGUUGAACGAGUUGUGGAAGGAAGAUUAG